AUGCAAUAAAAAUAAUAGAAAAGGGGAUAAAUAAUUAACAAAAGUGUGAAUAUUUUAAUUAACGAGAGUUUGCAGAAAUGCAUCUCAUGAACUUGAAAGAGAGUUAUGAAAAAAGAAACACAUGAUAAUAAAAAUAUUAUUUUAAUACAUAUAAAAAUUAUAUCCUCUUAUGAAUUAUAUAUAUGUUUAAUUUCAAGUGUUAAAUAUUUUAAAGUUGAUGUUAUAUUAUGUUAAACUUAAAUACAAAGUACGAAAUUCAGCCAUCAAUAAUGGAACCACUGGAUUCUUUACGCGAUGAAGCUCUUAAACCGGAUAUUGUACAUGAUGCUGAAUUUAAAUCAAUUCCAUUUAUUCCUAAUCUCACAAGUGAUGAAUAUGAAAUUCAACCUCAAUUAAAUGGAGAUUGUUCAUUUUUGUUAAUGGAUGCCAGUGAAAAUUUACACAUUGCCACACCAGAUAUGUUUUCUAGAAAACUACAUUGUUCUGAAAAUGAUAAAAUUAAAGUUGUAUCCAUUUUUGGUAAUACCGGUGAUGGUAAAUCGUAUACUUUGAAUCAUACAUUUUUUCAUGGACAAAAUAUAUUUCAAACAUCGCCCGAACAAAACUCAUGUACAGUAGGAGUUUUUGCAGCAAUGCAACAUGAACUAGGAGUCUUAUGUUUAGAUACCGAGGGCCUAUUAGGAACAUCAGAGAAAAGUAAUAGACGAAUGCGAAUGCUUUUAAAGAUACUUGCCAUAUCGGACAUUGUUAUUUAUCGUACAAGAUCUGAACGGCUACACAGUGAUAUGUUUGAAUUUUUAGGAACAGCUUCAAAAGCAUUUUGUACACAUUUCGCACAAGCUUUGCAAUCAUUAGCCAUACCUGGUACUGCUAAAACACUUGGUCCCGCAAUAAUAGUAUUUCAUGAAACACGCCAUACAAAACCUUUAGAAAGCUCUGUAGAGGAAAGUGCGGAAGAUAAAUUAAGAGAAAAUUUCUCAAAACUCAAUUAUGAUAUAAAUGCCUUUAGUUCGCUGCGUUAUGUUGGAAUUCAAACCGAAAACAAUAAAACAACUGAUUUCUCAAAAGUUAUUGCCGCUGUGCGUAUGGAAAUUGAAAACACAUCAGUCCGUUCAUCACGACAGCCUGGUGUAGUGUUCAAAGCAAUGAAAGCCUUAAAUGUAAAGUUUUCUGGUGAAAUUAUAGAAAAGUCAAUAAAUCCUUUUCCCGAACAAUAUUUUACAUGUCCUGUACACUGCGAGUCAUGCAAUCAACGUUGUCAACGUUCGAUGGGUCAUGUAAUCGAUGGAGAAAAUCACUUCAAUAAACAUCCUUGCAAUUAUCAGCACCAGUAUGAAAAUAAAGUUUAUUUGUGUAAAACCUGUUAUAUUAAUGGAAAAGAGAUUAUUGUUACAAUACGCACACAAGCUCAAAACGAUAGUUCUUGGUAUGGUUUGGCUAAAUAUGCUUGGAAAGGACCUGUGAUUGAAUGUCCUCAUUGUGGUGAAAUAUAUAGAGCGCGUCAAUAUUGGUACGGAAACAAAUCUCCAGAAACCACUGCUGUUAGAUCAGAAAUUGUUCAUGUAUGGAAAGGUGGUAAUAUUACUACAAAAGGUCCUGUACAUUCGGCUCAAAUGGUAUUGGAUGGCGUAUCUUAUAUAAGUGAAGCAAUUUCUUGUAUAUCAGCUCCACCCACAAAAGCUAUAACUGGUUGGCUUGCAGAUAAAGUAGCACCAAGUUAUUGGAAACCAAAUCAUGAAAUAAUAAAUUGCCAUGCUUGUAGAAAAAAUUUUGAAAAAACUGGACUUCCAAAGCAUCACUGUCGGGGCUGUGGCGAAGGCUUCUGUCAUCCGUGCAGUCAACAUAAAAUGUCGGUACCAGCCCGUGGUUGGUUACAACCGGUACGAGUGUGCAAUGAUUGUAAACAUGAAUUGCAAAGAAAGGAGGACUCUGCUCCUGAAAUUUCUUCAGAACCAUUAAUUCAUAACAAUUCAAAUCAUAACAAUAUCACAGGCCCACCACUUACCGAUGAAACGGAUAUACGAGUACGUAAAUAUGGUGAAAGUAUUUACAACACGAUAACGAGUGUGGCUUCAGUUGCUUUGGACUAUCCAAAAGAAAUCAUUAAGGAUUCAGCACGUCCAUCUUAUUGGGUACCUGAUGCUGAAUCACCCCAUUGUCAUAUUUGUCGUAUAAUUUUUGGAACCGUAGAGGAAUUAGAAAUAGCGAAAGAAAAUGGUUUAUUAACAACUACAGCUAAUAGACAGAAUGUAACUAAUAAUACUUCGAAAGUAAUAGGUGAUUGCAAACGUCAUCAUUGCAGACGAUGUGGUCAAGCUGUUUGUGCUGAUUGUUCACAAACUCGUUGUCCUGUCCCUGAACGCGGUUGGCAAACUGAUGUGCGCGUUUGUGAUUCAUGUGCAUGCAUAGAGUCGGAUAAUGAUGACAAGAAAUCCAAAAAGGAUUAAAUGUAUUAAAUUAAUUAUAUCUGUGACCCAAAUGAGGAGAGCAUUUCAUUGAGUAAAAAUCCAACAAAUCCCAAAUAUGAAAUACUUAUAUUUAAAAUGUGAUACUUGUACAUAAAAUUUUCUUUAAUGAUAUCUACUAGCUCUAACACUAUUAUACAAAGUUGAGAUUUAAGUGCAAAACUUCAAAACAUUUUAUUGAUGCCAAGUGUUUUUGUAAA